CUGGUGUAGGCAGUGCUGAGAAAGUAGAAAGAAAGCAAGGUUGAAGAAUCAAUUCAUUAUACUGUCAAUUAACCUCUCUUUUAAUGUCAGCACUUGAGCCUUAGCCUCAUCAUUAGCCUGUCACUGUAAAUAGUAGGUUCAGCAAUUUCCCCAACCUUUUUCCUUGCAGCUUAGUAAAAAUUGCCUGUGAACCACUUGUUAGGUUCCAUACGAAUUUGUCAUGGCCUGCCACCAACCAGCUACUUUGUUCCAUCCAGCUCAGAGUUUUAGUUUUCAAAUCCCUUAGUGCUCUUAUGGUUAUCAAAACAUGUUAAACAAAAGCAACUUGACCUGGAAACUCUACCGCAUCUUUAGUUGACUUUGCUUGAUAGCAGAGUCAACGGUAGCACCGUGUGUCGAUCGAUAUCAUGCGAAUUUGAGCAGAAGAGUUUGAUUUACCACUAAAAACAAGUUGAGAGAAGAGAGAAAAUCUGAGGUUCAUGGGGAGGCUACCUGCCCAAACUGAAGCUGCAAUUCAGCAUUUCAGCCAUCCACACCCAUUACAGCUCUCCAAUUACCAGCCCCAACAGACGCUUUGCCUAGCUUCAUGUUCAGGUUGCAAGCUCAAGAUCUCGGGAUGGAUCUACGCUUGCACACAGUGCAACUACUUUCUUCAUGUUUCUUGUUCCCAAAUGCCUCAACAGAUCACUCAUCCAUAUCACCAAAACCAUGUUCUGUCUCUCCUCUCAACCCCCAUGUAUCCUGGAGACUUAUUCAACUGUGAUGCGUGUGGGAAGCAAGGAAAUGGUUUCUCUUACCAUUGUGGAACUUGCAACAUUUAUAUCCAUACCACAUGUGCGGCAAUGCCCUUGGUGCUCACCCACCAGUCUCAUCAUCACCAGUUGAAUCUUACACCCUUUGCUCCUUACCCUAACAUGAGCUUUUCUUGUGACAUGUGCCACAACUUUGGUUCCAAGCAAUGGCUCUAUAGGUGCAACCUCUGUGGAUUUGAUGCUCACUUGGAUUGUGCCGUAUCACAGCCAAAUCCAGCUCAAGCUCAAGCCCAAUACUACCAAUCAACAGCACCAGCAUCAGGUAUUCCUCAGUAUCAGGCCGUUGGAACUCCACUGGCAACAGGUCCUGUCAUGCAAAACCUUGCACCUAACAAUUAUGUGCCAAAAGCUGCUACCUCAAAUGUUUUUGGAUCAAAUAUGCCUAUGUCUUAUGGGAGACCAAGGGGGCAGGCGAAUUCUUCAUUGAACCAGCUAGGCUCUAUAUUGUUGCCAGCACUACUUGGUAUUGGCAUCGGUGGUCUUGGUACUGGUGGCAGAAAUAAUAGUGGCGGAGGUAUUAAUCUUGGAGGCACCUUUGGUGGGGGUGGUGGGGAUUUAUCAUCAUCAUUAAGUGGAGUUGAUAUUGGAGGAUUUGGAGGUGGAAUGGACCUUGGAGGUGGUUCCAGUUUUUAGCUAUCUAUUCAGAUUUUUCAUGUGUAUUGACAACGUCUGUUUCUCUAUGCUUUAAUAAUCUGUGGUUCCAGGAUUAUUUUUUUCUUGCAAGAGAAAAACAGAAUCCUUGGGAAGGAAAAGAAAAGGCACCCUUAAAUUCUAAUUGUUGUAUUAUGAUGAUCAUCAUCAGUACUUGGGAAUAAGAUUUGCGUUAAAGGAA